AAAAAUCUAUUGACGAGUUGAGAAGCGCCAAGUCACGCCAACAGCCCCUGACAUGGAUAGGGCUCCUCUUAGCGUACCUAUCACUGCAGAAACUUAUCAAGAGGGAUUCAAAAUUUCUCAUCUAGAGACAUAUGAUAGCUCUAGUGAUCCAAAUGAACAUUUGCACACUUACCAAGCCAUCAUGAAAAUACAAAAUGCAACAGACGCCAUGAUGUGCAAAGUGUUCCCUGUCACUUUAAAGUCAACAGCCAAAAGGUGGUAUCAUAAACUACCAAGACACUCUAUCAACUCCUUUUCUCAACUCGCUACUUUGUUCUCCAACAAAUUUGCGAGUCAACGAGAAAUAAAAUGCACAGCCACAAAGUUGGUGCAAGUCCACCAAAAAGAGGGAAAGUCAUUGAGAAACUACAUGCAGUGUUUCAACAAAGCCACCUUAGACAUUGACAAUGUAUUGGACACAAUCUGCUUGUCUGCUCUGCUACAUGGCUUAAAACCUGGUCGGUUCUUAGAUGACCUGCUAGAAGAUCCACCAAAGUCGUGGAGCGAAGUGAAUGACAGGUCACCCAUCCCUGUCGAAGGAGUAGUCAUACUCCCCAUCUAUGUGGGUAUUGAGCCUCGGUUUAGGAUGACAUUAGUGAGCUUGGCGGUUAAAAUGGAAUUGGCUUUCAAUGCCAUAAUUGGGAGGGCCACGCUCUAUGAGGAAAUUCAGAAACUUUUGCAAGUAGGUUUUAUCAAAAAAGUGGAAUACUCGGAAUGGGUGUCCAACAUGGUGCUUGUUAAGAAACCCAAUGGCAAGUGGAGAAUAUGCAUUAAUUUCACUAAUCUGAAUGACGCGUGUCCCAAAGAUCCACACCCAUUACCCAAUGUCGAGAAGUUAGUGGAACGAGUAGUUGGUCACGAACGCAUGAGUUUCCUAGAUGCUAGCUCAAGAUAUCAUCAAGUUCAGUUAUGGCUAGAUGACCAGGAGAAAAUGACAUUUUAUGUUGGGGAUGUAAUUUACUACUAUGUUAUGAUGCCGUUUGGGUUGAAAAAUGCCAGGGCCACAUAUCAAAAGUUAGUUCAGCUUGUUUUCAAACUUCAGAUCGACAGAAACAUUGAAAUAUAUGUUGAUGACAUAAUUGUUAAGAGUUUAAAAGCUAAAAACCACAUUGACAACCUAAAUGAGACAUUUCAGAAUCUGACACCAGCACAAAUGAAGCUAAACGCUUUCAAAUGCAUGUUUGCCAUUGAAUUAGGUAAAUUCCUAGGCUGUGUGGUUUCCAAGAAAGGAAUCGAAAUAAAUUCAAAAAGGGUUCAGGCCAUCAAACAAAUGGAACCCCCCAAGACAGUGAAAUAUGUACAACAUCUGACAGGUCAUCUUGCUGCCUUACACAGGCCCGAGCUUUCAGGUCGUUUGAUUGGGUGGGAUGUGGAGCUUAGUGAAUACGAUGUCAAAUUUGAACCCUAUACCAUUAUAAAGGGCCAAACCCUAGCAGAUUUCUUAGUUGAGUGCCACUCUACAACUACAGAAGAAGCUAUAGCUUUGAACCCCAUAUGGGCCUUGUAUGCAGAUGAAGCUACAAAUAGUGAAGGUUCUAGGGCUGGAGUAGUAUUAAUUGGUCCAAAUGGUUUCAAGUCAAAACACAUCCUGAGAUUCAAAUUUCGGGCAACUAAUAAUGUUGCUAAGUACGAGGCACUCAUUUACAGUCUGAAAUUAGCCAUCGAACUGAGGGUUCAAGACAUAAGAGUCUUUAGUGAUUCUCAGCUCGUUGUGAAUCAGGUCAAGGGAUAUUGUGACAUUGAAGAUCCUCAGUUAGCUCAGUAUUGUUCUAUGAUUUUAUCUGAUUGUCAAGUGUUAACCACUGAUCCAUUGUCGUCAAGCUGGACCACACCAUUGGUUAACUAUCCACAGAGUGGUGAACUACCAAAGGACCCAGCUGAGGCUAUGUUGGUCAGAUGCAUGGCAGCCCAUUUUACUUUAAUUGAUGGCCAGUUGUAUAAACGAGUAGCCUUAAUGCCUUUAUUACAUUGCCUUACUCCAUAUGAAUCUGAAUAUGUUGUAAGGGAAAUCCACGAAGGAGCUUGUGGCACCCACAUAGGUGGAAAAAUGUUAGCUCGAAAGCUUUUGAGGCAAGGAUACUAUUGGCCCAACAUGGUUGAAGACAUAAAGAAUUAUGUCAAAAAAUGCCCAACUUGGCAGUUCCACUCUAAUGAAAUUCACAUGCUAGCGUUAUGGUCAUGUCUCACAAUGCCUAGCUUUGCCACGGGUGAAACCCCGUUCUCCCUAUCAUUUGGAACGGAAGCAGUCAUCCUCGUGUUGAGAGGUGCGCCGAGCUAGAGAACUAUUCACUAUAAUGAAUGUAUCAAUGAGUAGCUGUUAAGGGAAAAAAUUAAUCUUCUUGAAGAAGCGAGGGAGUCAUAUGAAUAAAAAAUGUAGGUUAUCAAGCUCGAGUCGCUAAGAUUUAUAAUAAAAGGGUGUGUGCUCA